AUAAGUGUUGUGACUAGACCGGGUCGGUCACUGUCCACGGGGCAACUUUUUAGUCUGCAUUAAGUUUUCUUACUUUAUCACUUAAGAACAAAAAUUCUGCUUUAGAAAAAAAAAAGAAGCAAACCUCACUGUUCUUUCAUCGUUUCCGAGAGAGGAGAGACGGACAUGGAAGGAGGAACUGCGCACUACAGCCCUCGAACUGUCGAAGAAGUCUUUCGAGAUUUUAAGGGCCGUCGAGCUGGCAUCAUCCAAGCUCUCACCACUGAUGUGGAAGAUUUUUUCCAGCAAUGCGACCCUGAGAAGCAGAAUCUCUGCUUGUAUGGAUUCCCAAAUGAAGUGUGGGAAGUUAACUUACCAGCUGAAGAAGUGCCUCCUGAGCUUCCCGAACCUGCACUCGGCAUUAACUUUGCCAGAGAUGGGAUGCAGGAAAGAAACUGGCUUUCUCUCGUUGCUGUCCACAGUGAUGCGUGGUUACUUUCUGUGUCUUUUUACUUUGGUUCAAGAUUUGGUUUCGAUAGAGCUGACAGGAAGCGCUUGUUUAGUAUGAUAAAUGAGGUUCCUACUGUAUAUGAAGUUGUAACUGGAAAUGCAGAGAAGCAAACAAAGGAAAUGCCCUCUUCAGCAAAUCAAAAUGGCAACAGAUCCAAGUCAAAUUCAAAAAUGAGAGGUUUAGAAAGUAAAAGUUCAAAGACGAUACAUGCCAAGGAUGAGGAAGAAGGAUUAGAGUUAGAAGAAGGGGAAGAGGAAGAGGAUGAGGAUGAAGACGAACACGGUGAAACCCUAUGUGGAGCAUGUGGAGAUAACUAUGCUUCUGAUGAAUUCUGGAUUUGCUGUGACAUGUGCGAGAAAUGGUUCCACGGGGAGUGUGUGAAGAUCACUCCAGCUAGAGCGGAGCAUAUCAAGCAUUACAAGUGCCCUACUUGCAGCAACAAAAGAGCACGACCCUAGAUGUUUUAUUUCCACUAAUCUUAGCUACUAUCUAUUUUGUUUUAUUUCCACUAGUCUUAGCUACUCUCUAUUUAUCCCCCAAACAGUACAAUGCACUUAAAGUUUGUGUGUUGUUCAGAUAAGUUAUUUGUAGCAUGUCCAGAUUUGAUUCCUCAACCCAAUUUGUAUAACUCAGAAU